CCUUUCUCCGGUCCUGGCCCUGCGACCGACAGAGCAGCGGCUUGAGGCUCUCCUAGCGUUUAGGAGCGGAGCGGGACUCUUGAGAAUCAUCAUCCAGGACCUGCCAGAAGCCACAAGAAAAAAAUGGGGAGGGUUUUCCUCACGGGAGAAAAGGCCAACUCAGUAUUAAAACGCUACCCAAGAGCCAAUGGGCUUUUUGAAGAAAUAAGACAGGGCAACAUUGAGCGUGAGUGCAAAGAAGAAGUCUGCACAUACGAAGAAGCCAGAGAGGCUUUUGAAAAUCACGAAAAAACUAAAGAAUUUUGGAGCACCUACACAAAAGCACAACAAGGAGAGACCAAUAGAGGAAGUGACUGGUUUCAAUUUUAUCUUACUUUCCCAUUAAUCUUUGGCCUCUUCAUUAUUCUCCUUGUCAUCUUUUUAAUCUGGAGAUGUUUUCUAAGAAACAAAACUCGGAGACAGACAGUAACUGAAAGUCACAUUCCUUUCCCUCAACAUCUUAACAUUAUUACACCACCUCCUCCACCAGAUGAAGUCUUUGAUAACAGUGGAUUGUCUCCAGGCUUUUUGGAAUACGUUGUUGGGCGCUCCGAUUCUGUCUCCACUCGCCUUUCCAACUGUGAUCCCCCACCAACCUAUGAGGAAGCCACUGGCCAGGUGAACUUGAGAAGGAGUGAAACAGAACCUCAUUUAGACCCACCACCAGAAUAUGAAGACAUAGUAAACUCCAGCUCAGCUAGUGCCAUUGCUAUGGUGCCUGUGGUCACCACCAUCAAAUGAAGCUGCAAACAUCUUUUUACUCAAAUCAUUUCUAAAAUACUAAUGGAAGAAUUUUCUAGCACUUUACCAUUACAUAAAUGUGCAUUGACUUAUUUUAUUGGAUUCUUACAGCAUACCACUUUACAUUAACUGGUUGAUUUAUCUUUAGUUUUGUUUCUUAUUAUAAAAGCAUUAUCUAUGUUCAUUUUUACAAGAAGAAACAUGAAGGAAAGACAUGCCAGUGAAGAUCUGUAAGUGCUGUGAUACCAUAUGCAUGUCUUUACAAAUGCACAAGUAUGUAUAUGUAUGUAUUGCACACACACACACACACACACACACACACACACACAGCCACAUAUGCAUCAUCCAGUUUGUGGAUAACUCUUGUAAAAUUAACUAAUUUCCAUUACACCACCCGUAAAGACAGCAUUACUUACCAAAAUUGAAAAGGCAAGUGGAACCAACAGUUUAUGUGAUAGUCAGCAACAUGCAAUGUUUUCUAACCAUUGUAGAUGUUGGUUACACUCCCAAUUCUUUCUUGGAAGGAAAAAAAAUGUACAUGGAUUCAUUCUCAUUUUAGAAACAUCUCACAGAGGGAGAGGGAGACAGAGAUUAUAGUAUAUAACAAGGAAAUCAUUGAUUAUUAUUGGCAUUUAGCUCAUAUUGUACCAGGAUUUUUCUUCUUGGCUGAUUACCACACACUGUCCCAUUAAAAUUUGCUACCAUCUUUGAAUGCUUCAUGCCAUUCAUAUUAUUAUCUUGUUUGCAAGAAUUUCUAGGUAGUGAAAUAAUGUAUGUGUUAAAACAGGGAGUAGAUACUGACCACUCCUUUGCUCAUCGUAUGAUGGGAUAAUAUUUUUCUUUUACACUAAUUUUUAUUUUCUCAUUUCUACAAUAAACUCUUCAUCCACUUGAAAGAUUAGGUAGAACCAAUUUUUGAAUUAUAUUCUUAAUGUUUUAUACAGGCUGAAAUCUUAUUCUCAAAAUUAUUAGUAUACAAUUUUCCAUUCAAUUAUAAGCUGUGAUUUUUGUGUUGAUAUUCUGUUGAUAAAAUAUGAUUACACAGUAUCUGCUAUAGUAGAUGCACACUAAAACUAGUUUCGUCCCACAUAGAUCUCAUUGUUGCUGUUUAUUUUAUAUUCUAUUAAUUUUUUUUUUUUAGAUGCAGUAGUUUUAUGUCUUUCCCUUGGAGUGGGGGGAGCAGGUUGUGAAUGAACUGCCAAAAUAAACUAUUUCAGAAGAAUUUUAGAAAAGGUCAAGUGACAUGAUGUAUGUACCAGUAAUUUGUAAAAUGUGAAGAACUAUUCAAAUGUAAGACUAUAACAUUAGUAUUGCACUCCAGGGGGACAUUUCUUCCUGUUUCCCUAGAACUGACUAGAACUUUCACAUAAUGACAAAUAGAGCAGUCUGCUCCAUAAAUAACUAAUAUUUUCCUCUGAAUGUACAGGGUAUUAUUACCUUCUGAUAUAAUCUGGACUAUAUAAAAGCUGUGCCAAUUUAAGUACAUUUGCCAAUGCAGCAUAAGAUGGAGAAAUGCUGGAAAUUAUACCAAAGUACAUAAAUUAGUUAAUAGGUCUGAUAGAUGAAAAAAUAUGGUAUCACCACAAAAAUAUUGCUUUGAAUUUUUCUGACUAUAUGAUCUUUACAUUCUAAUUAAGUCUGUAGUUAUAGAUGUUUGAUUCAGUGUGCAAGAUGAUUUACAGGUUGUUUAUAAUUGAAAAUUGAGACUAUUUUUGUGGGGAUUUGUGUUUGUGUUUGUGCAACACUAAUAUUAGGCUUUAUAUGAGACCAGUAAUUUUCAACUGUGGUCACAGACCCUUAGAGUUCCUGACAGCCUUCCAGAGGAUCGGUUCAAUCAAAAUAUUUUCAUCCUAUCUGAAGACAUUAUUUAUUUCUUUAUUCUAAGUCUCUCAAAACAGAAUUGAAAAUGGAAAAAAUUAAUCUUCCCAUACAUGUUUUUAAAAAAGAAAAUAUAGCUAUUUUUCAUAAAAAUUAUACACCUUUAUUGGCAUAUAUAUUUUUUUAAUUUUUAGAUGACCUAGGGUUUUAAUUUUUCAGUUAAUUUCUAACAUGCUAAGUAUUGAUAGAUAUAAAUCUCAAAAAACAAAAGUUCUUUAGAAUCUAGAUUUCCCCAAAAAUGUAAAGGGAGAUCCAGAAUCCAAAAUUUUAAAUUAGGCAAAAACACAAGACAUAUGGUCAUUAAGUUAGGUUUUUCUUCUUGUAACAUGAUUUUACAUUUUGAAGUUUGAAUAUUAGAUUUAACAUUUCCCGCACUGAAGUAUAAGAAUGAGUGAUGGUUCUUGGAACAAAACCCAAAUGUUUAGACAGCUAUUUAGAUUAUUGAUCAGAAAAACACUACUUCAUAGUAAAUAAUAGUUGCACUAACCAUAAAUUUCAUGAUAACUUUUCCAUGAUAAUGAUAGAAUAAACAAAAUACUUUCUUCAAGAAAUUUGAUUUUACAUUUUUUGUUGUGUUUGAGUACACUUUAGGUUUCAUACUUUUAAAAUCCCCUUUGCUAGUCCUUCUGGUUUUAUAAAUUGAGUUUCUUAACAUUUAUUAUAAUUAAGGGGCUUAUCUGGAAUAGUGUAUAUUUUUAUGCUUUGCCUUUCCUACUUGAUUGAUACUGCAUUUGCCUUGAUCAUUUUUAAUGAAGAUUUAUUUUUUCAGAAUAUACUUAAUAUCUUUCUAAACAGUGAGUAAAUGGAAUUAAAUGGUUUAUAUUAAAUAAAAGGAUCUGCUCAUGGUUCCUCAAGUAGAAAGAUUUUCAAACCUCAACCUGCAGUGCUUGUGUCUGGAAUCCUUGAACUGGCAAUUUAGGCUUGCUGCUCUAAAUGUCCCAGUAAAUUCUAUAUGUUUUAAAUAAACAAAAUGAUUGCUUCUUUUCAUAUUGACCAAUUGAAAUGGAGAUGUUACAUUUGUUGAUUGCUAAUGAUAACUUCUUCAGGACUGAUGAUCUGAUCCAGUAACUACAGAGUUAGUUUUAACUCAGUUCUAUGUAAAUAGCAUGUAUUUUAUUACAAUACUUCACAUUUUCAAAUGUUUGGUUUACAUUAAAUUAUGGUAUUUAACUUUUUAUGUUUAUACUAGAUCCAAUUUUCUUAUGUUUCUGUGUUUUUAGUAUGCUAAAUAAAGCCAUUUUUA